AUGAAAUUGAACCAUCAUAGUAAGUCAUGCUAAAUAAUUAUAAAUAAAAAAAUAACCAACUUUGAAAAUUAGGCAACUCAAAGGACUGCUGACACAACUCCAGAUUCAAUAAGCAGUGGUGAAGAGAACCUCAAAACAAAUUACUUCAUCAAAAAAAUCUCUUCAGAUUGCAAGUUGGCAAGAGAACUUCAUGAAGCAUCUCUUCAAUCACACUGGUACAUUGAAUAGCCUAAGGAAACUGUGGAUAAACGCCUAGUGAAAUUAAAAAAAUAACAGAAAAACCAAAAGGUUGUCGUUUUAGACCUUGAUGAAACAUUAAUUUAUCACAAGAACGAUCAAACAAAGAUAAGACCCUAUUGUAAAUAGUUUUUAGAGCGAUUAUCUAAGAUUUGCACAUUAGUACUUUUUACUGCAGCAAAAAUAGAACACGCUACUAAUAUGUUGAAACUAAUUGAUCCAAAUAAGCAGUAUUUUAAAUCAGUUUGCACACUCGACAACAUGAUCGGUAAAGUCAAAGACUUAAGAAUUUUUUCGACUGACCUCAAGGAUAUUGUCAUUGUAGACAAUUCUCCACAAAAUUUCAUAGCUUAGAUCAACAACGGACUGCCAAUACUACCUUUCGAAGGAUAGAAUGACGACAACUAAUUAGAAGAAUUACUAUCAUAUUUAGAAGAUCUUCUAUUAGUUGAAGAUGUUAGAGUCGAAUUAGCUAAAACCUUUAAACUUUAACAAUUCUAUAAAUAGCUAAAUGGAAAAUAAGCUAUAAAUAAGUUGUACAUAUGA